ACCUAUAUGGGUAGUACCUGAGCAAUGGUGUACAUUUUCCUUUUGCUAAUGGUGAUCGCGACAUUCUGGCCACUUCCGACAGGGGGAAGGGUUUAUCAGAAUAACAUCCGUCUCAGGACGCAAAAAUUUCGGCGCUCUUGGAACGGUCCCGAGCAAAAUACGGGUCAAAACUACGGCGGUUGGCUGAUGCGGAUUGUGAACGUGGAUGGGUCCUCGAUAUGUGGUGCCGCGUACUACUCUCCCUUGCUGCUGAUCACCUCGGCAAACUGCAUCCAUCCCUACCGGUAUAGUCUUGAGGGCACCAGUGUGGAGCCGACCGCCUUCCUUAGCAACUGCGAGAACAUUUUCGGACUGAUUGAUACCGUGUACACGCCGGAAGAGUUCAAGUACCUGGGUCAGUACAUGGACAUCGCCGUCAUCCGACUGAAGCGGCCCAUCCAAGGAAAACUGACGGAAUUCAUUCGUUUGUGCAGCACUCCUAUUAAAACUGGCAUGAAAAUGACUGCCUAUGCCUGGGGGUUCGACUCCCUCAAUAUCGUAGUACAAACCUCGGACGCUAGAAACGGGUCCGUAACAGUGGAGGAUCCCAAGGAAUGCAACAAAAAGUACCGUAAUCUAUACAAAGUGUCCAAAACCUCCUUUUGUGUGACGCAUCCCAAGAAACCUACAGACUGCCGCUACGACGGCGGAGCACCUCUGACCUACGGCACCGAACUCUGUGGAGUUGUCUCUCAUGGACCUCUGUGCAGCGACACCAGUCAGCCCGGCAUCUACACGGAUAUCAAUUUGGUGGCCAAGUUUAUAAAGGAUGUGGAAAAAAAAAUUGCAUCAGGAAAAUUGGUCCGAUCCCUAUUAUUCCAACAAAAGUUCCAAAAGUAUUCGCUCAGAAAGUCUUCCUGUGAAGAACUUUGACUUUUUAAGUAGCUUAAGUAUAAUAUUUUCUAUAAUAUUUUUCAAUCGUAUAAGCAAAUUAAUUUUCAUAUAAUAGAUGCUCCUUUUUUUAUUUUAUUUCUAAAUAAAUAUAUUAGUGGUUUUUUUCAAUAAAAAAAGGACUUACAUAAC